AUGCAAUUGGGUCUCUCCGAGAAUUUGUCGGCCCUCGUGGCCCGCCGCUUCACAACAGCCAAAGAAGCCGGCCACCUCGUCUUCUCGUCGACGCAUUUGUCAAUUAUCCAUGCCGCGGGGAUACCAUAUCAACUCCGCUACUGCCCCGCCCUCGCAAAGAAACCCUCCAACCUCCAACAGCAACAACCAUCCCCCGCCGGUCCCAAACCCCCCAAACCAGACCCCUUCCAAGACCCGUCGCCCGACCUGCUGAUCGCGCAGUUCCCGGCGGAGAAACCCGCCUACUCGCUCGUUUUGAAUAAGUUUCCGGUGAUUCCGAAUCAUUUCAUUCUUGCUACCGUCGACUGGCAGGCGCAGACGGAUUUAUUGGUUAGGGAGGACUUAGAGGCGACGUAUGAGUGUUUGCGGGCGUGGGGUGUGGAUGAGAGUUUCCACGAAGGGUCCAAUGGAUCUUCUACUUCUUCCUCUUUCCCUUCACCGAAGAAUCCAAAGAAGAAACUGUUUGCCUUUUUCAAUUCCGGCGACGACAGCGGCGCUAGCCAACCGCACCGCCAUCUCCAGUUCCUGCCCGUCGAGGCUAUGCGCGCGCAGCCUUCCUCAGAGAAGGAGCCGACAUCACCAAACCCAGCCUGGGAUCCUCUAAUCGAAACACUCUCUACCACCUCUUCCACCUCCCAAUCCUCAUUCCAAAGCCUAUCCCAGCUCCCAUUCGCCCACUUCGCCCUUCCCCUCCCACCCAACCCAUCCCCAGAAACCCUGCACACAAUCUACCUGAGACUCUACCGUGCAGCCGUAGCAGCAACCCACGGCCAAACCGCAGACCAAUACCCCGAGAAUAUUCCCACAGAGGGCCCCGCAGUGAUCAGCUACAAUCUGGCCAUGACGCUGUCAACCAUGCUGAUCUGUCCCCGGCGCCAGGAAACCGCCCGCGUGCCGGUGGAUGCGGCGGCUGCGUCGGAGAAAAUCUUGGACUCCGGGGUUCUGUCGCUGAAUGGGACGCUGUUGGCGGGGACGCUGAUGGUUAAGGCGGAGAGUGAGUGGGAUGCGUUGCGGAGGAAUCCGGGGCUUCUUACGGGGGUGCUUGCUGACGUUGGGCAUCCUCGGUGGGAUAGAUGGGAUGUGUCUUCUCUAGGAUGA